AUGACAAGCAACAGUAGUACCAAAGACGAUCAACAGAUUCAAAAGAUUUCAGAUGAGUAUUUGACGCCUAUCGUCAAAAUUUCCGAAAACGCUGAAGAUGGAUAUUUUCCAGAGAAUGUCACGAAACUCUGUCGCAUAUUCGUAGAAUUCCGGGCAAUUUUUGAAAGCAUUGAAAGCAAGGAAAUUCGUCUGUCUACCACCAACGACCAACUGAGGGCGAAAAUGGACCGCUAUGCAAGUCCGAUUCUCGAGUACCUCAAGAACUACCAAGCGGGUCAAGCUUUGCCUCGAAAUCAACUCGAAGAGUCAGCGAAUUAUUUCUGUCAGUUCGCCCAAAACGACAUCAAAGCCACUUUUGAGGAGACCAAACGCUUGCGCCAGGCGUACGAAGGUCUGAUGAGAGGCCUCAAUGCGGAGCAGAGGCCCACGAAUGCACAACAUAAUUAUUCCAUGGGUACCGGCGCUCAGUUCAUCGCGAGUAACCAAAACAACAAUUCUGGUUCCGGCUUUCAGUUUAAUGGUACUGUGAGUAAUUUCCACAACAACGGGCAGGAUGGAAGUCGAAGUACCUAA